AUGACCUCAGACCCAAAUGCAAAAUAUACAGCAGAGGAUUUCAGUAAUACAAAUCGCCAGCGUAGACCUAGGUGGCCAGUUUAUGGGGCAAAUCUUCAGAGGCAUGUUACACAUCAGACCAACCAGAUGAACUGGGCUGAGGCCACCCGGAGACAACUUCUACAGCUUCCUGUUCUAGAUACUGAGUCAAAAGACUACUAUACUCAGUAUAACGCCAAUGACGACAACGAGCGUGCUUGGGUCCCUCAAUCACAGUCUAAUGCCAACGGGUCUACAAUGCCAAUUAUGGAACCAGACUCGGUCUAUACAUGUACAGAGGAAGCCUAUCAAACCGACUACAAUGAAGCUUUAUUAAGAGACAAUGACUACUCAGAUGAUGGCUCUGUGGAGAGUCCUCAAGUUCUCCGGUAUAUCUUUGACGCGAACAAUAAGACGGCUGCCAAGAUGGUAAUCCUCACAUCAUACGACACACUUUCUGCAAGAACUCUCCAGAAGCCCCGUCAUCAACCAGGUGACAAAGAUAGGCUUAUCCAGCCUUCGGAGUGGAAAAGUAAAUGGAAGGGAGUUUUCCACACCGUCAUCCUAGAUGACGGGCAUAAGGUCUGCAAUUCCUUGACGCAGAUCCAUGUUGCAGUGGCAAGGUUAUGUGUGAAACACCACUGGUUUCUAACUGGUACUCCAGUCCAGAAUCAAAGCCUGGAUAUAUUGGGACCGUUGAAUAUCCUCUGGCCCGAGAUCAGGAAGGGCGCCCACCUCACCAAAGAACGGAUUAGGUGGCUUGGAACGCUAAAAGGCACUUACCAAGACUUCGAUCUUCUACUAGAGCCAGAUGUCCUACCUACAUCAUGGAAAUGCCUCAUUGCAGCUGAUCCAUACCAUGUUCGCCAGCUUCUCAACCGCGGCAAUAGAAAAACCAUCAAUAGACUAUAUAGGUGCAUGGAACAGUUAUUGGUACUCCGGCAGUCGACUGCCACUUCAAUCCCUACAGACAGCAAUGGCAGCCAUUUGCAACUGAAGAGCCUUAUGCUCCCGCAUGAAAUAACCACAGCACUGCUUAGGAUGACCUCUUCGGAAGCUGCGGAAUAUCAAUUCUUCCACCAGGGUUUCAUUAAAAGGGAUUACGAGGAAGGGUUGGAGAUUUGGUUGAAAGAAAAGGAGCACCAAGUAGAUCCUACUGCUGAUCUAAAGAGUUUUCCCUGCAUCACUGGCCCAAUGUGUUCCAUGACUAUCAAUGCUGUCUCGACCUUAUUGAGUCGCUUUCACCAAACCUUUACUCACACCAAGGUGUGA